AUGGCUAUCACGCCGUUAAAUGCUCUACGAGUAUCCUCGCACCAGAUUCCUGCCUACAAAGGUAUCCCCAACACUUCAAUCCAAGGCAAACCCUUGAUGAUAUAUCACGCUGUGUUCCCAUCAGCCUCCGCGCCGCAAAUCAAAGCCCAUCUCCGAGCAGUCGGUGUGGUCUCUCCGCAAUGGGAGUAUUCAAUGUUCGCAGAAACACAUUUCCAUUCCACCACUCAUGAGGUUCUCAGUAUAGCAUCCGGCUCAGCCAAGUGUUGCUUCGGAGGGGAAAAGAAUGAAGGGCGGCUCGAGCCUGUGCUGGAAAAGGGCGAUGUUGUGAUUGUUCCUGCCGGUGUUGGCCACCGGCUACUCGAAGACUAUGGCGGGUUUCAGAUGGUCGGCUCUUACCCGACCGGGAAGAGUUGGGACAUGUGCUACGGGCGAGAAGGCGAAGAAGGCAAAGUCAGAGCGAUCAAAGACCUCGGGUGGUUUGAGAAAGAUCCCAUUUAUGGUGAUGACGGGCCAAGUCUGAAGGCUUGA